CACAGGCAAGAGCGCUGUACCUCCCCGAACUCUCGCAGGGAGCCAGACGCACCAGAGGAGCGCGACGGUGGCUGCAACCAGAAGGAGAGUGCGUGUGGACUUCACUCAAACCAGAAAAUUCAACACGCUUUACGCGCGUCGAUCAGCAGAGCUCAGCCUCUUUUUCCCCCCCAACUUUGUUUCUACUCUAAAUUUGUUCAUGAAGUAAGUGUUGUCCGAGCCGCGCUGAGUUGCAUUCAUUUGAUUGCUGCUGCUGCUUUUGCUGCAAAACCAAAAACCAAAAAAACCACAAAACAAACCAUGAGGUCUGCCUCUGAAUCGUUCUGGAGGAUGAUCCGACUGGCCGCGACAGUGGCGCUCGUGUCGGCGUGCAGAGCGUCAGAGUACGAGUACCUCAGCUGGAAGUCGGACGUGUACACCGGCGGGCGCAGCUACGGCAAGGCUCCCCAGUGCGUGGACAUCCCGGAGGACCUGCGGCUCUGUCACAACGUGGGCUACCACCAGAUGCUGCUGCCCAACCUGCUGGAGCACGAGACCAUGGCGGAGGUGAAGCAGCAGGCCAGCAGCUGGGUGCCCCUGGUGCACAAGAACUGCCACCCGGGCACGCAGCUCCUCCUCUGCUCGCUCUUCGCGCCCGUGUGCCUGGAGCGGCCCACCUACCCGUGCCGCUGGCUGUGCGAGGCCGUGCGGGACGGCUGCAUCCCCAUCAUGGAGGCAUUCGGCUUCCCCUGGCCGGAGAUGCUCGCGUGCGACAAGUUUCCCCAAGGCGACUUGUGCAUCGCCAUGACGCAGCCCAAUUCGACCGAGGCCACCAAGCCGACAGGUUUCUCUCCCGUCUGCCCUCCGUGUGACAACGAAAUGAAAACAGACGCCAUGCUUGAUCACAUGUGUGCCAGCGAGUUCGCUUUCAAGACCAAGAUCAAGGAGGUGACGCGAGAAAACAUGGACCGCAAGGUGACCCUGCAGAAGAGGAAAAAGAUGUUGAAAGAGGGCAACCUGAAGAAGAAGGACAUGAAGACGCUGGUGUUGUACCUGAAGAACGGUGCGGACUGCCCCUGCCAGCAGCUGGACAACCUGGGGAACCAGUAUCUAAUCAUGGGCCGCAGAGUGGAUAAGCAGUACCUCCUCACAGGCAUCCACAAGUGGGACAAGUCCAGCAAAGAGUUCAAAAAGGCCAUCAAGAAACUCAAGACCUACAAAUGCCCCGCCUUUGAGAAUGUCUUCAAAUAAAAUCACCCCCC